AUGGGUCAUGGCAGCAGCGGCGACGGUGGCGGCGGAGGAGACGGAGCUCUGGCCGUGGUGCCCGUGGAAGCCAAGCCGCAGCCGCAGAUGCAGCGACAGACCGCCCUCGACGUGCCGCCCUUCCUCAUCUUCGAAAAGUGCAGGGCGCCGGAGCUCUUGGAAUGCCAUGCCUGCCACCUCCCCCUCAAACCGCCUAUCUUCUCGUGCGACGACGGGCAUCUGAUGUGCUCGUCCUGCCGCGGCGCGCACGGCGAGGACUGCGGCCGCGUCGCCGCCCCCUGCCGCCUGGCAGACGCCUACGCCGGCGCCGUCAAGCUGCCGUGCGACUACGUCAAGUUCGGCUGCGAGGCGGGGCUCGUCGUCUACCACGACUCCGUGGACCACCGCCGCGCGUGCCAGCACGCGCCCUACUGCUGCCCUGAGCGCGACGGGCCCUGGGGCGGCGGUGGCUGCGACUUCACCGGCUCCCGGGAAAUGCUCCUCGAGCACAUCUCCACGAACCACUCCCGCCAGGCCAUCCUCAUGCGCCACGACCAGACGGGGAGGCUCAGCCUGCCACUGGCACGGCGCUGGCAGGUCCUCGUCGACCAGGACGACAUGGCCAACCGGCAUCGGAGCGUGUUCCUCGUGAUCUUGGCCGAGCGCGACAAGGACGCCGCGGUGUCGCUGGUGUGCGUCAGGGCGGACGGCGACGCACCGGGCGCGCCGCAGUUCUCGUACAAGCUCGCUGUGGAGCACACCGGCAGUGGCGCGAGGGUGACGUUCGAGUUGCCGGUCAUGAAAAGCAGCUCCCUGCCCGCUGGCACGCCAUGGCCGGACGAGUUUACGUCCCUGUCGGUGCCGAAAGCGUAUCUGUCUGACGACAUUGUCCCCCUCAACAUCCACAUUGACAAACACGUCGCUCCUCCUCCCCCUCCUGCUGCCGCCCCUACUAGUCCUCCUCUUCCUCCUCCUCCUCCUCCUCUUCCUCCUGCUGCCUCGGCUACCACGGCCGUCAAGUCCGCGCCUAUUGAUCAAGGCAGCAAGAAACGAAAAUCUACCAAUCCGAAGAAACUCUAG